GAAACACUUUUAGAGUUCAUAAAGAUAAUAUAUGAAACAGUUAUGCAGCCAGAUGGAUCAAAUAUAUUUGUUAUUUACUUAAGAUGGAUUGUCAAAGUAGGAUCUGGUAAUUAUUGCAAUUUAAAAGAUACGAAAGAGAUUGUAAAGAUUCUAAUGGAUCAAAUAGAUGUUAAUUAUAAUUUUAAUCAAGAUAACAUAUGGGAUAGUUGGAUUUUUGACAAUUAUUUCGAUAUAUUGCAAGAUUUAAAAACGAGUAAGAAUCUAUUUUGUGAUGAAGAAUACCCAGAAAUUGUUGAAAAAUACGACUGUCUUAUGAGCAAAAUAAGCGAAAUUGCUGAAUUGAACAAAAAAGACGUUCUAGAGCCUCUUGAAUCGUUUUAUAUGUAUAAAUGCAUAAGUGAAUAUUGA